GUUUUUGAGUCGAGUAGUCUGCCACAACACACAGUCGCACACAGCGCAGGAAUAUAAGCAGAGUAAACGUAAUGUGGAAGAGAGGCUUGGUCGGCGCCGUGGGUGGUCUCCGGCGGCCAUAUUCGUCAGGAGGUGGCGGCAUCUCCUCCUCCGUGAACUCAAUGCUCCUCCGCUCCCUAAAGGAUCACUAUCAAGAAGUCGCCAAAAUGAACAUGCCCCCUAAAGUGAGUGCUCCAUCGCCGUUCACGAUCGUGAAGGGAGCUCUGGACUCGCACGGUCCGGUUCUGAAGCGCAGCUACGGCAACGAAGAGGUGAGCAUCUAUGUGAUGCGGUUGUUGACCCCCGAGGACGAGGAUUCCGCCAUCGACCAGCUCUUCAUCCACGUCGAUGUCUCCAAACCUCAGCAGAACGAAUCCUUGAUUUUCCUCUGCGGUUUGUACGAGGAUGCUCUUGGGAUUCACUCUGUUUCCAUGAGGCCUAAGGUCCAGGACUCCGGCUACCUCCUCAUCCCCUCCCAAUACACCGGCCCUGUUUUCGCGGAACUAGAUGAAAAGAUGAGAGAUGCGUUUCACAGUUACAUUGAGGAACGAGGAGUGAACGAGAGCCUCUUUAAAUUUCUUCAAGCGUGGCUAUAUGUGAAGGAACAUCGAAAUCUGAUGCGGUGGUUCAAAACCAUGGGCUUGUUCGUUGAUGGAAAGAAGCCAGUUACAGGUGCUUAACCCCUCCUCCGAGAGAUCAAGUUAUGAAUUCAAAACUUCAAGUUUUUCAAUUUAAAAUUACAUAAAGUUUCACACUUGACUAUUAGGUUAUUUAUUUUGAUGGAUCAACGCACCCACAUUAGUACAUAACUUUUAAAGCAACUGUUAAAUUUUAUCAAUUUAACUAUUUACAAUAUGUGAUGUGAUUAUGACAAAUAUACAAUAUGUGUAAUAUUUUGGUGGAUCAACGCACCCACAUAAGUACCAAGUAUCAAAAUGCAAUAGUUGAUAUUA